UUUGCCUGGGCCGGGCGUGCUGAUGACGUGUUCUGUGUCGCUCCGGCGCCAGGGUCGGGGGCCAGGCUGAGCCGCGCCCGCCCGCCGGGCUCCAGUCGCCACCUGGGUGACGAGGAGGAGAGAGCGAGUCGCGGAGGAGGCGCCAGGCACGAGCACCAGGACGGACUCGGAGGACGCCACCGUCGUCGCCGACAACAUGGAUAGCAUGCUCGAAGACGGAGCUGCGGGCCUGGCGCUCGCCGCCGUGUCCUCGGUGAGCGCAGGGGCCGCGGACGACUCGGAGUUGAGCAGGUUUUCACGACCCAUGCUCACCAUGGCCGCGGUGCUCACCAUCCUGGUGAUGAUCCUGGGGGUGGCCGGCAACCUGCUCACCAUCGUGGCGCUGCUCCGCUGCCCCCGGGUGCGCAACGUGGCGGCCGCCUUCAUCAUCAGCCUGUGCGUGGCGGACCUCUUGUUCUGCGUGACGGUCCUGCCCUUCUCGGCGUCGCGUUUCGUCCACGGCACCUGGACGCACGGCGGCGCGCUCUGCACCGUCGUGCCCUUCAUGCGCUACGGCAACGUGGGCGUCUCGCUGCUGUCCAUCGCCAUGAUCACCAUCAACCGCUACAUCAUGAUCGCGCACUACGGCAUGUACGGUCGCGUGUACCGCACCGGCUGGAUCGCGGCCAUGAUCGUCUUCUGCUGGAUCUUCAGCUACGGCUUCCAGCUGCCCACGCUCAUCGGCGUCUGGGGGGUGUUCGGCUUCGACCCCCAGCUGGGCACGUGCUCCAUCCGGCCGGACGCGUCGGGCCGCUCCUCCAAGGCGGCGCUCUUCAUCACGGCCUUCAUCGUGCCCUGUGUCAUCAUCAUCGCCUGCUACGCCAGGAUCUUCUGGGUGGUGCACCAGUCCGAAAAGCGCAUGCGUUCGCACGCCGUGGGCGGGGGCGGCGCGCGGCCCGGGCUGGGGGCGGGCGGCGGGGCCGGGUCGGGGGCGGUCUCGCAGAGGUUCAAGCCCGACCAGCGCCACGCCCGCGAGGGUCGCGAGAUGCGCGCCAAGCGCAACGAGUGGCGCAUCACCAAGAUGGUGCUGGCCAUCUUCCUGUCCUUCCUGUGCUGCUACCUCCCCAUCACCAUCGUCAAGGUCACCGACUCGGACGUCCGCUACCCGGGCCUUCACGUUGCGGGUUAUCUCCUGCUGUACCUGUCUGCCUGCAUCAACCCCAUCAUCUACGUCAUCAUGAACGCCCAGUACCGGCAGGCCUACCGGAGCGUCCUCACCUGUCACCGGCAGCGCGGCCGCAUGGGCGCCAGCACCGCAGGCCACUCGGAUGACCCGGAGUGGGGUGGGUGUUAGUUCGCACGUGCUGCGCCGGCAUGAUCGGGGCAUGGACGGCAACAGCAAGACCAUGGUGUCGCAGGUGUCCAUCGCCAUGUCCCCCGUGAGUCUGACGCCCGGCCACGGCAUCGACGACGACUUUUGAACGACGGGGAAAUAGGAAUGACCCGGCAAGUUCAACGCUACAGUGUUACAGCAGUGUGGUGUAGAUUGAGUGAAGGAAAAUCUCGUGAUGCGAAACACCGCGAGUCGUAUAUGCUAGUCAGUGUGCCAAAGACAAGGUGAAUGUUCAAUAUCUGCCAUAAUCCGUUCUUCCAGAGAGGCUAACGGCUCUCUUGUUCAUUUUAUUUUUCAUUCCACUUAUGAAAGUAAGUAGCUUUAAGAUUGAGUGAUACAAAACUGCAAGAUACACGUACAAUUAAAGUUAGUGAUUACAUUUUGUAAUAAAUCAAUUGUAAAAUAAAAACUGGCGUUUUAGAGUA